GCCGUGCCCGGAUCGCUUUCCCCGCGCUCAUCCAUCAUUCAUUUCCCCGCUCCGAGCCCUGCCAGCUGCUCCCGCGCACAGGAGCCAUGAAGCACCCCGUGGCUGCUGCUGCUGCCCACCUCCUGCCUGUCCUGCUGCUCCUGGAGCUGGUCUCUCCAGGUCAGGGCAAUCGCCUGCCCUACUUCAUCAACUACUUCUUCGACACCUACCUGCUGAUCAACGAGGACACACCUGUGGGUUCCUCAGUGGCCCAGCUGCUGGCCAGGGACCUGGACAACGACCCCCUGGUCUAUGGGGUGGUCGGGGAGGAGGCCAGCCGCUUCUUCGCCGUGGAGAGCCUCACCGGCGUGGUGUGGCUCAGGCAGCCCCUGGACAGAGAGACCAAGUCAGAAUUCACAGUUGAAUUUUCUGUCAGUGACAGCCAAGGGGUGAUCAAAGGGACAGUGAACAUCCAGGUGGGAGACGUGAAUGACAACGCGCCGCAGUUCCACAACCAGCCCUACAGCGUCCGCAUCCCAGAGAACACCCCUGUGGGCACGCCAAUUUUCAUCGUGAACGCCACGGACCCGGACCAGGGGGCAGGAGGCAGUGUGCUCUACUCCUUCCAGCCCCCUUCCGACUUCUUUGCCAUCGACAGCGGCCGUGGCAUUGUGACGGUGAUCCGGGAGCUGGACUACGAAGUCACUCAGGCCUACCAGCUCCAGGUGAACGCCACGGACCAAGACAAACACAAGCCUCUGUCUACUCUGGCCAACCUGGCAGUCAUCAUCACAGACGUGCAGGACAUGGACCCCAUCUUCAUCAACCUGCCCUACAGCACCAACAUCUAUGAGAACUCGCCUCCGGGCACCACCGUGAGGAUGAUCACGGCCGUGGACCAGGACAAGGGACGGCCCCGGGGCAUCGGCUACACCAUCGUGUCUGGUAACACCAACAGCAUCUUUGCACUGGACUACAUCAGUGGAGCCUUGACCCUGAAUGGGCCCCUGGACAGGGAAAAUCCCUUCUACACCGCUGGGUUCAUCCUCACAGUGAAGGGCACAGAGCUGAACGAUGACCGCACGCCCUCCAACGCCAGCGUCACCACCACCUUCAACAUCCUGGUCAUCGACGUCAACGACAACGCCCCCGAGUUCAACAGCUCCGAGUACAGCGUGGCCAUCACAGAGCUGGCCCAGGUGGGCUUCGCCCUGCCCCUCUACAUCCAGGUGCAGGACAAGGAUGAGGGACCCAACAGCGUUUUUGAGGUUUACCUGGUGGGCAACAACUCCAACCACUUCAUCAUCUCACCCACCUCCAUCCAGGGGAAGGCGGACAUCCGUGUGCGCGUGGCGGUGCCGCUGGACUUCGAGACCAUUCCCCGCUAUGAAUUCUCGCUCUUUGCCAAUGAGAGUGUCCCGGACCACGUCGGCUUUGCGCGGGUGAAAAUCAGCCUGAUCAACGAGAACGACAACCGGCCCAUAUUCAGCAAGGCCCUCUACAACGUCAGCCUCCUGGAGAACACCACUGUGGGCACCACUGUCCUCCAGGUCCACGCGACUGACAACGAUGUGGGCUCAUAUGGGAAAGUCAGCUAUUUCUUCAGCGAUGACCCUGACCGCUUCUCCCUGGACAAGGACACGGGUGUGAUCGUGCUGACGGCCCGGCUGGACUUUGAGAGCACGCAGCGCUACACGCUGACCGUCAUCGCGCGCGACGGCGGCGGCGAGGAGACCACGGGCCGUGUCAGGAUCAACGUCCUGGACGUCAACGACAACGUGCCCACCUUCCAGAAGGAGGCCUACCUGGGCGCCCUGCGGGAGAACGAGCCCUCUGUCAGCCAGGUGGUCCGGCUCCGGGCAUCUGAUGAGGACUCCCCUCCAAACAACCAGAUCUCCUACAGCAUCGUGCAUGCGUCCGCCUUCCGCGAGUACUUCGACAUCACGGUGUCGGAAGGGUACGGAGUGAUCAGCGUGAACCACCCGCUGGACUACGAGCAGCUGGCCAACGGGGUCAUCUACCUGACAGUGAUGGCCAAGGACGCCGGCAACCCGCCGCUCAACAGCACCGUGCCCGUCACCAUCGAGGUGUUUGAUGAAAACGACAAUCCCCCCACGUUCAGCAAGCCCUCCUACGUGAUAACCGUCAUGGAGGACAUUAUGGCAGGAGCCACAGUGCUGUUUCUCAAUGCCACGGACAUGGACCGGUCCCGGGAGUACGGGCAGGAGUCAAUCAUCUACUCCCUGGAGGGCUCCUCGCAUUUCCGCAUCAACGCUCGCUCAGGGGAAAUCACCACAACCUCUCUGCUGGACCGGGAGGCCAAAUCCGAGUACAUCCUCAUUGUGCGGGCAGUGGAUGGAGGCGUGGGGCACCACCAGAAGACAGGCAUUGCUAUGGUGAACAUCACACUGCUGGACAUCAAUGACAACUACCCCACGUGGAAGGAUGAGCCAUACUUCAUCAACCUGGUGGAAAUGACGCCCCCCAACUCGGAUGUCACCACGGUGGUGGCUGUGGACCCGGACCUGGGGGAGAACGGCACGGUGGUGUACAGUAUCCGGCCUCCCAACAAGUUCUACACCAUCAACAGCACCACGGGCAAGAUCCGCACCUCGGGCGUACUGCUGGACAGGGAGAACCCCAACGCCCAGGAGGCGCAGCUGAUGCGCAGGAUCGUGGUGUCUGUCACCGACUGUGGGAGGCCACCCCUGAGGGCCACCAGCAGUGCCACAGUUUUUGUCAACCUGCUGGACCUGAACGACAAUGACCCCACUUUCCAAAAUCUGCCCUUUGUUGCUGAGAUCGCCGAGGGGCUCCCCGCAGGCUCCUCUGUCUUCCAGGUGGUGGCCAUCGACCUGGACGAGGGCCCCAAUGGGCAGGUGUCGUACCGCAUGCAGGUGGGCAUGCCCCGCAUGGAUUUCCUCAUCAACAGCACCAGCGGGCUGGUCACCUCCACGGCCGUGCUGGACAGGGAGAGGAUCCCCGAGUACCUGCUCAGGGUGGUGGCCAGCGACGCCGGCACGCCCGCCAAGAGCUCCACCAGCACCCUCACUGUCAAAGUUCUGGAUGUGAAUGACGAGAACCCCACCUUCUACCCUGCUGUCUACAACGUGUCCCUGCCCGAGGACGUGGCCCGCGAUUUCAAAGUGGUGCGGCUCAACUGCACGGACGCCGACAUCGGGCUCAACGCUGAGCUCAGCUACUUCAUCACAGGUGGGAACCAGGAUGGCAAAUUCAGCGUCGGCUUCAGGGACGGGGUGGUGAGGACGGUCGUGAGUCUGGACAGGGAGACCGUGGCAUCCUACACACUGAUCCUGGAGGCCAUUGACAACGGCCCCGCCGGGAACCGGCGCACCGGCACCGCCACCGUGUACGUGACCGUGCUGGAUGUCAACGACAACAGGCCCAUCUUCCUGCAGAGCAGCUAUGAAGUCAGCGUCCCCGAGGACAUCCCAGCGGCCAGCAGCAUCGUGCAGGUGAAAGCCACGGAUGCGGACGAAGGCAUUAACGGGAGAGUGUGGUACAGGAUUGUCAAGGGAAACGAGCACAACCACUUCCGCAUCAACCCCAGCACGGGGCUGGUGAUGCGGGGAGUGCGGCACCUGGACAGGGAGCAGAACUCCUCCCACGUGCUGGAGGUGGAGGCCUACAACACGGAGCAGGGGCCCAUGAGGAGCUCCGUGCGGGUGAUCGUGUACGUGGAGGACGUCAACGACGAGGUGCCGGUGUUCACCCAGCGCCAGUACAGCCGCCUGGGGCUGCGGGAGACGGCGGGGAUCGGCACCUCCGUGGCAGUGGUCCGCGCCACCGACCGGGACACAGGGCCCGGGGGCCUGGUGAGCUACAGGAUCGUGUCGGGCGCGGAAGGGAAGUUCGAGAUCGACGAGAGCACGGGGCUCAUCACCACCAUCGACUACCUGGACUACGAGACCAAAACCAGCUACCUGAUGAACGUCUCUGCCACGGACCAGGCGCCGCCCCACAACCAGGGCUUCUGCAGCGUGUACGUCAGCCUGCUGAACGAGCUGGACGAGGCCGUGCAGUUCUCCAACAGCAGCUACGAGGCCGUGAUCAUGGAGAACAUCCCGCUGGGCUCCGAGGUGCUCCGCGUCCAGGCACGCUCCAUCGACAACCUCAACCAGAUCACCUACAAGUUCGACCCCAACACCAACCCCCAGGCGCUCUCCCUCUUCAAAAUCAACGGGAUCACGGGAGUGAUCACGGUCAAAGGCCAGGUGGACCGAGAGAAAGGGGAUUUCUACACCUUGACAGUGGUGGCUGAUGAUGGAGGACCAAAGAUUGACUCCACAGUGAAGGUGACCAUCACAGUCCUGGAUGAGAAUGACAACAGCCCCCAGUUCGACAUCACCUCUGACUCGUCUGUCAGUGUGGCUGAGGACAUCGCCGUGGGCAAGAGGGUGGCCCUGGUGCUGGCCCGAGACCCAGAUGCAGGCAGCAAUGGCCAGGUGACUUUCUCUCUGGCGUCGGGGAAUAUCGGCCAUGCUUUCGAGAUCCGCACCACCAACGGCACCUACGGCGAGGUGUUCGUGGCACGACCACUGGACCGGGAGCUGCUGGACCACUACACCCUACGGAUCCAAGCGUCAGACGGCGGCGUUCCCCCACGGAGGAAGGAGCACAUUCUGCGGGUGAACAUCCUGGAUGUCAAUGACAACCCCCCUGUCAUCGACAGCCCCUUCGGCUACAACGUCAGCGUGAGCGAGAACGUGGGCGGCGGCACGGCCGUGGUCCAGGUGCGCGCCACCGACCGCGACAUCGGCCUCAACAGCGUCCUCUCCUACUACAUCACCCGCGGCAACGAGGACCUGACCUUCCGCAUGGACCGCGUCACCGGCGAGAUCGCCACGCGGCCCUCGCCGCCCGACCGCGAGCGCCAGAGCUCCUACUGCCUCGUGGUCACCGUGGAGGACGAGGGCACGCCCUCCCUGUCGGCCACCACCACGGUGUACGUCACCAUCCUGGAUGAGAACGACAACGUUCCCGCCUUCCGGCAGCAGCUCUACGAGGUGACCCUGGACGAGGGCCCCUCCAGCCUCAACGCCAGCCUGGUCACCGUGCAGGCCCUGGACCAGGACGAGGGACCCAACGGCACGGUGGCCUACGCCAUCACCGAGGGCAACAUCUUGGGUACCUUCCACAUCGACAACGCCACGGGGGAGAUCCGCACGGUCAAGGAGCUGGACUACGAGAUCAGCCACGGGCGCUACACCCUGGUGGUCACCGCCACCGACCAGUGCCCCAUCGUCUCGCGCCGGCUGACGUCCACAGCCACGGUGCUGGUGAACCUCAAUGACAUCAACGACAACUGUCCCACCUUCCCGCGGCCCUACGAGGGGCCCUUCGAUGUCACCGAGGGCCAGCCCGGCCCUCGUGUCUGGACCUUCCUGGCCCACGACGGGGACUCGGGGCCCAGCGGACAAGUGGAAUACAGCAUCAUCGCCGGGGACCCCCUGGGGGAAUUUGUCAUCUCGCCGGUGGAAGGAGAGCUGCGGGUGCGGAAGGACGCCGAGCUGGACCGCGAGAACAUCCCCUUCUACAACCUCACCAUCGCCGCCCGCGACCGGGGCGUGCCUCCCCUCAGCUCCACCAUGGUGGUGGGUGUCCGCGUGCUGGACAUCAACGACAACGACCCCGUGCUGCUGAACCUGCCCAUGAACCUCACGCUGAGCGAGAGCGCCGCCGUCUCCAGCUUCGUCACCCGCGUGCUCGCCCACGACGCCGACCAGGGCCCCAACGCGCUGCUGACCUUCGACAUAACAGCAGGGAACACGGACAAUGCCUUCUACAUCAACAGCACCAGUGGCGUUGUGUACGUGAACCGCCCGCUGGACAGGGAGCGGGUGGCCGAGUACAGGCUGACGGUGACGGUGAAGGACAACCCCGAGAACAUCCGCAAUGCCAGGCGGGAUUUCGACCUGCUGGUCAUUUCCAUAGCGGAUGAGAAUGACAACCGCCCCCUCUUCACCCAGAGCUCCUACCAGGCUGAGGUGAUGGAGAACUCGCCCCCUGGAGCUGUGAAGAUCAAAACUCCCCUCAACCGUGAACUAGUGGCCACCUACGAGGUUACCAUCUCUGUCCAUGACAACGCCAGCGAAGUCAUCGACCGCUCGGUCAGCGUGCCCAACGCCAAGCUGACAGUCAACGUCUUGGAUGUCAAUGACAACACGCCCCGUUUCCGUCCCUUUGGGGUCACCUACUUCACGGAGCGGAUCCUGGAGGGAGCCACACAGGGCACCACACUCAUCUCCAUCUCAGCAGUGGACCCAGACAAAGGUGCCAAUGGGCAGAUCACCUACGAGUUGCUGAACCUCUCUCCGGAAGGUUACGCCUGUCUGGAAGACCCUUCGGCAGGGAAGGUUGUGGCCAACAGGACGGUGGACUAUGAGGAGGUGCAGUGGCUGAACUUCACCGUCCGCGCCUCCGACAACGGCUCUCCCCGCAGAUCCGCUGAGAUCCCCGUGUACCUGCAGAUCGUGGACAUCAAUGACAACAACCCUGUUUUCAGUCAACCCUCCUACCAGAAAGCUGUGUUUGAGGACGUGCCCUUGGGUACGGUCAUCCUGAGCGUCACGGCCACCGAUGCGGAUUCCGGGCAGUUCGCUCUCAUCGAGUACAGCCUGAGCGAUGGAGAGGGCAAGUUUGGGAUAAAUCCCAACACGGGUGACAUCUACAUCCUGUCAGCCCUGGACCGGGAAAAGAAGGAUCACUACACACUGACAGCUGUGGCCAGGGACAACCCUGGGGAUGUCUCCAGCAACCGUCGGGAGAACUCUGUGCAGGUGCUGAUCACGGUGCUGGACAUCAACGACGUCAGGCCCCAGUUCAGCAAGAGCCAGUUCAGCACCAGCGUGUAUGAGAAUGAACCGGCGGGGACAUCAGUGAUCACCAUGAGUGCCACCGACCUGGACGAGGGGGACAACGGCGUGGUGACCUACAGCAUCGAGGGUCCUGGAGCAGAGGCUUUCAAGAUCAAUAAAGACUCCGGGCUGGUCACAUCCCGGCGGCGCCUGAAGUCCUAUGAGAGGUUCAACCUGACUGUGGUGGCCACGGACAAGGGCCAUCCCCCUCUCUGGGGCACCACCAUGCUCCACAUCGAUGUCAUCGACAUCAACGACAACCGCCCCGUCUUCGUGCGCCCGCCCAACGGCACCAUCCUGCACAUCAAGGAGGAGAUCCCCCUGCGAUCCAACGUCUACGAGGUCUAUGCCACGGACAAAGACGAGGGUCUCAACGGAGUGGUGCUCUACAGCCUGCUGAAGACAGGGGCAGGGAACAAGGACUGGGAGUAUUUCACCAUCGACUCGGUCAGCGGGCUGAUCCAGACAGCCAUGCGGCUGGACAGGGAGCAGCAGGCAGUGUACAAUCUGAUCAUCGUGGCCUCCGACCAGGGCCAGCCACCCUACGAGACCAUGCAGCCCCUGCAGGUAGAGCUCGAUGACAUCGAUGACAAUGAACCCAUCUUCCUCAGGCCACCUAGGGACAGUCCCCAGUACCAGGCUCUCUCUGUCCCCGAGCACUCACCGCCAGGCACCGUGGUGGGGAAUGUCACCGGUGCGGUGGAUGCGGAUGAGGGCUCCAACGCCAUCGUCUACUACUUCAUAGCAGCUGGGAACGAGGAGAGCAACUUCCAGCUGAGCCGGGAGGGGAAGCUGAAGGUCCUGCGGGACCUGGACCGGGAGAAGGAGCCGUACCACUCCAUCAUCGUCAAGGCAUCCAGCCAGAGGAACUGGGCUCCUCCCCGGGGCCAGCAGGCAGCCAGAGCCCAGUUCUGGGACCUCAGCGAGGACCUGACCCUGCAGGAGGUGCGGAUCUUCCUGGACGACAUCAAUGACCAGGCCCCCCAGUUCACCAAGUCGGAGUACACGGCGGGGGUUGCCACCGAUGCCAAGGUGGGGUCGGAGCUGAUCCGAGUGCUGGCAGUGGACGCCGACGUGGGCAACAACAGCCUGGUCCUGUACCACAUCCUGGGCAUCCGCUACAUCAAGCAGCACUCCAAUGACUCCGAGGAGGUGGCCAACAUCUUCAGCAUUGGAACCCUUGAUGGCAUCCUGCGAACCUUCGACCUCUUCACUGCCUACAACCCCGGCUACUUUGUGGUGGACAUUAUGGCCUCUGACCUGGUGGGCCACAACGACACGGCCAUCGUGGGGAUUUACAUCCUGCGGGAUGACCAGCGGGUCAAGAUCAUCAUCAACGAGAUCCCUGACAGGGUCAGGCAGUUCGAGGAGGAGUUCAUCAGCCUGCUCUCCAACAUCACCGGCGCCAUCGUCAACACAGAUGAUGUGCAGUUCCACGUUGACAAGAAGGGCCGGGUGAACUUUGCCCAGACGGAGCUGCUGAUCCACGUGGUGAACAGGGAGACCAACCGCAUCCUGGACGUGGAGCGGGUCAUUCAGAUGAUAGACGAGAACAAGGAGCAGCUGCGGAAUCUCUUCAGGAACUACAACGUGCUGGACGUGCAGCCUGCCAUCACUGCCCGGGCACCCGACGACCUCUCGGCUCUGCAGAUGGCAAUCAUCGUGCUGGCUGUCCUGCUCUUCCUGGCUGCCAUGCUCUUCAUCCUCAUGAACUGGUACUACCGGACAGUGCACAAAAGGAAACUGAAAGCCAUCGUGGCUGGCUCCACUGGGAACAGAGGCUUCAUGGACAUCAUGGACAUGCCAAACACCAACAAGUACUCCUUUGAUGGGGCCAACCCGGUGUGGCUGGACCCCUUCUGCAGGAACAUGGAGCUGGCGGCGCAGGCGGAGCACGAGGACGACCUGCCGGAGAACCUGAGCGAGAUCACGGACCUGUGGAACAGCCCUGCGCGCACCCACGGCACCUUCGGCCGGGAGCCCUCGGCCGCCAAGCCCGAGGAUGACCGCUACCUGCGCGCCGCCAUCCAGGAGUACGACAACAUCGCCAAGCUGGGGCAGAUCAUGCGGGAGGGACCCAUCAAGCUGAUCCAGAAGGAGCUGGAGGACGAGGAGGAGGAGCGCAGCCCCAGCCAGGGCAGCCUGCGCUUCCGGCACAAGCAGCCGGUGGAGCUCAAGGGUCCGGACGGCAUCCACGUCGUGCACGGCAGCACGGGCACCCUGCUCGCCUCCGACCUCAACAGCCUGCCCGAGGACGACCAGAAGGUGCUGGGCCGCUCGCUGGAGACUCUGACCGCCGACUGCGGGGGCUACAGCGACCACAACGCCCGCACCGAGUCGGCCAAGUCCACGCCCUUGCACAAGAUGCGGGAGGUGAUCAUGGAGAGCCCUCUGGAGAUCACCGAGUUAUGACGAGCGCUGCUCUGCUCCUCCAGGCCAGCCGGGGAUGAAGCCCAGAGCAAGGGGGCCGUGCUGGGGGCCAGGGCGGUGCUCGGCCCCCUCUCCCCCCGCAGGAGUCCGGGCUGGCCGGUGCGCAUCGCUCCUUGGAGAGCUUGGCCCCGGCAGAGGGCUCUCAGGACCGGAAUGCUUUUACUCGCCUGUCAUUUAUCCAUGAAACCAUUAAAUUUUUUUUAUUUUUCUUAUUAAAAAAAAAAAGGUUUUUUUUUCUAAAAAAAAAAAAAAGGGGAAAAGAAAAGCUAAAUGAAUCUGAUGAGUCCAGACUGGACAGGGGGGAGGAAGGUGCAGUGAGGAUGCAGAUGAUGUGCUGCCACAGCAUCCCCGGGCACAGGCUGGGGACAAGCAGCUGUCACACCUCGACCACGAGCAUGGGGAGGGCCAGGGAAGCGUGGGGAGAGACCGAAUCCUUUUGGCAUUAACGUCACCUUUCCAGUAAGGAAAGACCCAAAAAAUUAAAAAAAAAAAAAAAAAACCCAACCCAAAGACAUUCCUCCAUUUUGCUGGCUGUACCAAAACUUGUUGCAAUGUCGAAAAAGAGAGAGGCUAACUGGGGCCUCUGGGUGUCGAGUGCUCGUGCGUGUCUUUUGUUGCCCUUUUCUUUCCCCUUCUCUCUUGCAUUUGGGUUUGUUUGUUCGGGGGUUUGUUUCCAGUCGUGACCUUGUGGAGAGUUUCGGGCACGGUCUGUUAC